AUGCAAUUAUUUUUCCUCUCUCUCAUCUGCCUACUGAGCGAGUGUACGCUGGCUGGUGCUCUCUAUGGCAAGAAGGGUUCCUUCGUUCAAGUGUUGGACGCUCAAACAUUCACCAAAACGGUUGUUCAAAGUAACGAAUUGUGGGUAGUGGAGUUCUAUGCUGAUUGGUGUGGUCAUUGUCAGCAAUUUGCACCUGAAUAUAAGAAGGCUGCCAGUGCUCUUGCGGGGAUUGUUAACUUGGCGGCUGUGAAUGAUCAGCCGGUGAUGGGUCCCUAUGGUGUUCAGGGCUUCCCCACUGUUAGGUUUUUUGGUGAGGACAAGUCUAAGCCGGUCGACUACAGCGGUCCAAGGGAAGCCAAGAGGAGGAUAUGGAACUCUAAUGACCCUGGCUUCCGAGUGGACGCUCGUCGUAAUUGGAAGGAGCAGGGGGCAAUGCAUAUGAAGCGAUUGAGUGACUCCAGUAAGGAUAAAGGCACUCUCUUCACUUUUAGUAUCGAAUGA